UUAUAACACAAGAUGCAUGUUGGACGUUAACUAGAGCUGUGUUUGCGUCACACCACUCUCGGUAAAGCAGUUGUAACUGGGCACUUGUAAAUAAGCGCUUUCGAGAUGGAUACAGGAUAAAGCUAAAACUCUUUAAACCCUAGAAAAACCAAGCUUCGACAUGUCUGAAGUCAGCAGCCAGCUUCCCAUAGAUCCCAUCACUGCAGUUGGAGUAGUGUCUUCACCCAGCAAGGCCCCUGAUGGCUACUAUGUUGUUGCACAAACAACAGAUGGCUCUGACGCCGACCUGAGGAAGGUCGGCUUAUUCAAAUCCAAGGUCACUCGCUACCUCUGUUUCACCAGGAAAACUGGGCCCGAUGUUGUCGUGGACAUGAAGCUGACUGAUAUUAAAGACGCCCUGCCAGCGUCGUUCACACCUGUGCAAGAAACAAUGGACAGAAAGGAAGCUGCCAUGAGGAAGAGGAGGCUCUGUGUGAAAAUGAGCCCUCGUGAGGAUGCGAAGACAGCUGUAUGUGACAUCCAGAUCACGGCAAAGUCCAAGACCCAUCUUGUUAACUACACCUGUGUAGGCGAAUUAAACAACAUGGGAAUAUGGUAUCGGUUGGGAGAUGUUCGCCAGCAUCAGUCAUCGAGAGUCACGUCCGGCAGGGUCGAAAGCGACGCCCGACCCGGCACACUGAGGAACUUCAGCAAGAUUUACUCUGAGCGUCACGGCACUGGACUCUACACCAUGACAGCUUUGGAUGAUGUGCCCUUUGUGGUCUCUGAGAAGUUUUCGCAAAAAAUCCCCAAAGAGAUGCAGCAAGUCAAUUUAAUGGGCAUUACGAUCAAAUCCCUGGCAGACAUCGAGGAGGAAUUUCAGUACAACUUCAGCACAGAGCGAAGCAUUGUUCUGUAACUUGUCAUCGAGCCUCGUCUCAGCUGACAGAGUCGCAGCGACCGAGAGAGUACAGACGGACAAAGGGGAUUAUUCAGAACAAUCAUGAACUAUCAAAUUACACCACAAUUUUGCAUUGUGUAAUUUAAAAAAGGGAAAAAAAUAGCCCUUAUGGAGAUACUGGGAUGAUGGAUUGUAUUUAAAUAAUUCAAUACUUUGAAUAUUUUAAAUAGUUGCUACAACUGUGCACAAUUAAAUUUGACAAAAUAAUUUAUUUUUCAUGAAGGUUACUUUUCUAAAUUUGCAUUUUGUCUUAUUUCACCCAUCACGUUCAAAGUUAAUCUUUUCUAAUUGGUAUUCCUGAAUAGAUUCAUUCAUAAAAGUAUGUUAGCUGUGACUCACAUAUUGCUCAUCAGGGUAACGGGUACAUGCUGACAGUAAGUAGCAGUCGGAGUGGAACAGAGAGGCAGCUUCAUCACACACGAAAAGGCCAGUCUAACGUUCAUUUCCCAGCAGAAGCAUCUUUCCGUCAAGAGGUUUAUCAUGAGCAGCAUGCUGCAAGAAUGAGCAGAGCCUUGGGACACGGGAGCGCUUACCCCAGGCGCCCACCCACGUCAGCAGUGACUCCUCCACUGAGUCACCGAGAACAGUUUCAGAUGCCAUAUAUAUUCACCCAGCUACAGUUUGCUACAGGAAAUUGGUUAGGAAAAUCAAUAUGAGGGUUUUAUAAAGCUGAUUUUCAAAUAUUGUAAUAUUUAUUUGCACAA